AUGUCGCCAGACCCAGAAAGAACAAAAAAGGCACCGCGCAAGCAUGUCACAACGGCCUGUGUGCCAUGCCGAGAGAGCAAGAUCAGGUGUGACGGAGCAACUCCCCACUGCCAGAAUUGUCAGCGCAAAGGAAAGGAAUGCAAAUACCAACAUGGGGACGACAAGCGCAAGGUGUCCUUACGAGCUGCAACGGAGCUGUUCUCUGCUCGGAUUGAUCAGCUUUGUCACUUUAUUCAGGAUCAGGGGCUAGUACCGCCGCCCAUGAAACCGGAUGAUGAAGCAGGUAUGAAUAGGGUGCUGGAUACCCUCCAGAUUCCGCGCGGGUUCCCUCAAACGUCGGCGGUUGCAGCUCCUGUUGUCGAGAAACAGCCGCCGAUGGAAACAAAUCCACCUGUGGGCCCAGGUCAAUCUCCUUCCCAGAGUCCGCCCGCUGCAAGUCCCGGCGUACCUAACCCGACGACCGAUUUGGUUGCUCCCGGUGUAUCGCCAGCGCAGGAUACGUCUUCAAGUGGACAAUUCCCGUCACCCGAAGGUUGGAACCCCUUUGGGAUGGUGCGUGGUGCUUCCGACAAUCAGAACUUCGUCCAUUGGGGAUUUACAUUGCCAACCGCAGAAAGCCUGGACAACCUUUACGCCAAUCUCAAUGGAGGGCCCGGUGGAACCGGUGUACAUGCCCCUGGAAUGCCCAUCAACAACGGACUCAGCCCGGAUAGUCUACAGCUAGGCAUAGACAUGGUCCCGCAAGCUGGUGCCCAACUAGGCCAGUUACCGUCCAAUGCGGAGCAUGAUUCAGACAGCGGAGAGGAGGACGAAGCAGAGAACGACGUUAUCGAGCAGUUAUCCCAUCGUAUUGGGACUCUCAAAAUUGCCGGAGACGGUCACCUCCGAUUCUAUGGUGCUACCUCUAACCUCAACCUGGUGGAUGUUUCUGCGACUCAGCAGCGGCAGCGACCAGAUGCGCGUACUGUCCGACAUGAUGGCCAGGAUAUUUUGAAUCAUCUGAGGGUCGGACAGCCUGUCGAUCAGGCUCUUGAGGAUCAUCUUGUGGAGCUCUAUUUCACAUGGCAGAAUCCGAGUACUUAUGUUGUUGAUAAGGAGAUGUUUAUGACUGCACGAUCUAAAUGGCGAAAUGAGUUUGAUGAUACACCUUUUUACUCUGAGGUUUUGACUAAUGCGAUGUGUGCAAUUGGGAGUGCCUUCGAAGCACGUUACCACCCCACCUUCAUCACGUUCCCCAAGUCUCUUUCUGAGUUCUUUGCAGACCGUGCCAAGGCUCUGCUGGAAAUUGAACUUGAUUCUCCUUGUGUAGCGACUGUUCAGGCUUUGGUUAUCAUGAGCUGUCACGAAGGAGCCUCAAACCGUGAUGCUCGUGGUUGGCUGUAUAGCGGGAUGUCUAUGCGCCUUGCUUUCGAUCUUGGUCUCCAUUUGGAUAUGUCGACAUACGUCAAUAGGGGCGAUAUCACUCAAGCCGAGGCGGAUGUACGCCGUGCAGCAUUCUGGGGAAGCUAUGUUGCUGACCAUUUCUGGGGCUUCUACUUAGGACGUCCAUUCCGCAUGAAUGCUGGAGAUAUCAGUGUUCCGAAACCAGCUUCUUCCCUCGGGCCAGAAAAGGAAGGUACAUGGCAUCCAUAUGGACAUCAAGCCGCUCAAGGAAUGCUUCAGAGUGGGAUAAAGAAUCCUACGGAAUUGAUUUGCAGGCAAUUUGUCGUCUUGUGGGAGAUGAUUUCUCCAGUGGGCCAUAUCUUGUAUGGAUGUUCUGAUAUUUCUCGGCAUGACUUGCAAAGAUUAUGCUACCAAGUGACCGAAGACUUGUUCGCUUGGAAAGAGAAUCUUCCCUCUAGCCUAGAGAUUGACUUGGACGAUGAUAUCUCACCAAAGCUACCUCAUUUGAUGAUGCUUCACAUGCAAUACCACCAAAUCAUCAUCUUCUUCCACCGUCCCUGGCUUUCGAAGAGUUAUAUCCAACCCCAGGCUCCCCGACAAGGUCCAGGCUAUCACCACGCGCGCCGGAUGUGCGUCGAAUCUGCCACAGCUGUCGCACGCCUCCUCCAUCUAUACGAAAAGCACUACACAUUCCGCCGCAUGAACAACCAAGUCGUGGCGAUAAUCUUCAGUGCAGCCCUGAUGCUUCUCUUUGUAACAGUCUCCAGUUCCCCCAUGAGUCCCGGCAAAUCCGGCAACAGUCCAACACACCCCCGCAGCGCCGAGAUGGUCGCGUACCUCAAUCUUUGCUUCCGCGCUCUCGAUGAACUGGGCCAAUCCUUCGAGAACGCCAAGCGCACCCGCGAUUACCUUGUCACUCUCCAGCGACGCUGGCAAGCACAUAUGCGUCGCUCAGGCUCUGCGACAAAGCGUCAGAUCAGCAGUGCUAACCUGCAAUCGAUGUCUUCACAUCCUCCAACGAAACAAUAUGGUCCUUCUGCCAAUGCCCAGAGGGUAGAUAGCUCGCGCAAAAAAUCACGUCUCUCUGUCUCUGAGCCCCAGCCUCAUAUGCAAUCGGCUUCUGCUAUGCCACCCAGCCAGCAACACCAUCUCCCUCAACAACCUCUUCCACCUCAUCAACAACAAUCAUACCAAGCACCCUUCUCCGCCUCCCAGCUUGGUGACCUGGGCUGGAUCCGAGACUCUGAUUUACGCCUUUUCUCCGAAACUCACGGCGCCAGCGCGAAUGAAAAUACCCAUGCUCCCUCUAAUGACAUGGCUCAAAUGUCUUCCCCGCCGUUCCCUGAAGAUCCUAAUAUGCUGGCUGAUCUUGGGGAUAUUGAUGGGUGGUGGCAGCCCCAUAAUGAUGCCUCUGCUAUGGGAGGGCCCCCUUUAUGA